AGGCGAGAGCGCCGGGCGGUGAGCUGCCGUUAAGUAGGGAACGCGGAAAAGAGUGCGAGCGUAGCCGGGAAGAAGGGAGAAAGCAAAUAGGUUUGGGAAUGUGAAUCACAGGUGCACGGGCAGGCGCUAGGACCGGGCGUCGGGAAGAUGCGGCUUUGGGGCUGGCGGGACGCGCGCUUGCCUGGAGGUGACGCGGCGGUGGCGAAGGUCUUUGGCCGGGACGAAGCACUGCAGGGAGAGGAGACUCGGCUGUCUUGGGCCUCGGCUCGCCUCUCCCUGCGCGCUUUCCUGCUCUCCUUCCCUCCUACUGCCAAGGGGUCGAGCUCUGGCCCAGGGGCGCCCUGUCUCUCUUCGGGCCUCACGGCACCUUCCCCGCCCUACCGCGCACCCUUGCGCACCCCUGCGCGCCAGGGCAGGGUGGUGGAGGCCGUGGGGGGCCCCGGCCGUUGAUUGGCUGUGCGAGCGCGGGGCGGGGCGGAUGGGAGACGCUCGGCCUCCGCGCGCCGUAUCGUCUUUCCCGCCAUGUCGUUUUUAGAGAGCGGGAGGACCUCGGUUCCCCUGCGCCGCCGGCUGGGCACUCCUUUCCCAGUCGCUCGGCCGGCGUUUUCCGCGUUCUCUCAGGGGGACGGUUGGGGUGAGGGUCAGGUCGACGAGGAGGAGGGAUGCGACCAAGUGGCCCGCGACUUGCGGGCGGAGUUCUCGGCCGGGGCGUCGUCGGAGCCUAGAAGGGGCUCGCUGCUCCCGCCGGACGGGGAUGGGUCCCCGGUGCUGCCCGAUAAGCGCAAUGGCAUCUUCUCGGCGGUGGCGGGCGGCCGAGCCCAGGCUCGGCGGUGGCCGGUCCAGGUCCUCUCAAUUCUGUGUUCGCUGCUGUUCGCCAUCCUCCUCGCCUUCCUCCUGGCCAUCACCUACCUGAUCGUAAAAGAAUUACAUGCUGAGAAUUUGAAGAAAGAAGCUGAUGUAGACUCUGGGCUAUUAGGAUUCUGGACGCUGCUUAUAAUAUCCCUAACUGCUGGAUUCUCCUGCUGCAGUUUUUCUUGGACAGUGACUUACUUUGAUUCUUUUGAACCAGGGAUGUUUCCUCCUACUCCUCUUUCACCUGCCAGGUUCAAGAAACUUACUGGACAUUCUUUCCACAUGGGCUAUAGCAUGGCAAUUUUGAAUGGCAUUGUAGCUGCUCUUACUGUAGCAUGGUGCCUCCUGUAAACCCACACUGAAGCAAUAUUCUUGGCAAAACUUAGUCAUGAUUGCUUUGUAAUAACAGGGAAGAACAUCAUUGCCUAUGCAGAAGACCAAGAAACCUGUUCUUAUGCUAUUCAGAUACGUGUCCUAUCAUCAUCAUUAUGGAGGAUCUUCUUAAACAUCGUUCUAGAGCCUAGGCAUUGGGAAUAUCUGAGUAUUAAGUUUCAAGUAAUUUCUUAAAAGUGUAAGAUGUUUACCUCACCUUUUUACUUUUGUGUGUGUAGUUUUUUAUAAGUUGUAGAAAACAUUUUAAUGGAACUAAACUCGAAAACUUGAAUACAGGACAAUGCCUACCUUUCCAUCUAUGUACUACAUUUUUGCUAAGAAAUACCGAUAUUACUGUUUAAUUGACAUAGAAAUAUUUCUUAUUUAUUCACUGUAUUAGGAAAGCAAACAAUGCCUACUACUUUGACGUUUUAUAGAAGCUACUUUCAAAUCAGAACAUUUAGUUUUUGAUAUUCCUAUAAUCAGUAGAAGGUGCAUUUAUAUUUUUUAAUGGGGCCUAGUUCCUUAUGUGUUUUUUUUUUUUUUUUUACAUAUUUUCCUACUACAUAUUGAAUUUGUAUGUUUUAAAAAUUGUUACAUCUAGACAAAUGUAAAUGUUAUUUUUUAGCUGGUUCAAACCUAAUACUUAUCAUUUUUAAUAAGUAUUUUGUCUUUUAAAAAAACAGCAAAAAAAAGCACAUUGACCUGAUUUUAAAAUUAAGUAAAUUUAUUUUUAACAAAAAAUGACUGAAAGAAGGUAAAUUAUUUAAGCCAUUAAAAUACUGAGAAAUUUGAAAUUGUUCACUAUUUCUGUUUCUAUAAUUCCAGAUACUUGUCUUGGUGUAUAUAUGGUUACUUCAACAGAACUGAUAUUAUUUUGUUUUUAAUAAAUAUAAACCUGAAAUUUUUAUAUUUAGAAAUGCUUGAACUAGUUUGUUUUUAAUCUCAAAAAUUUAGUUACCAAAAUAGAAAUGGUAUUUUGAUACAGUGUGUAUAUAUAUGUAUAAUUUUUUAUAUAUGGUUUCAUAAUUUUUCUAUUUAAAUAUUCUUUAAUUGUGGUGUUAGUUGUUUUUAUAGUAAUUAAACUUUAAUUGUUCCCA